GCCAAGAAGCAAAUUAAAAGAAAAGAUUCAACCUUUUAUUCUUUUGUUUAGGGAGGCAUGGAACCUGGGAAUUCCUUCUUUCAUUAUGGUCCAGCUGAAAAUUCAAGUUCUGAUUCAAAGGGUGAAGGGAAUAGCAGCAAUGGUGAAGAGCAGAAGCAGGAGAAUCGAUAUUUGCCUAUUGCAUGCGUGCACAGGCUCAUACGCAAGGUUCUUCCAAAGAACACCAAAGUCUCAGACGAAUCGAAGGAGAAAAUAAUGGAGUGUGUCACUGAGUUCAUCAGCUUCAUCACUGUGGAGGCUAACCACAAAUGCAAAGAGGAGCAGCGCAAAACCAUCACUGCUGAAGAUCUCAUACAUGCUAUGGACAAGCUUGGCUUCGAACCAUAUGCCAAGCUUCUCCUCUUUUACCUCCAUCGCUAUCGUCAACAUCACCAAGCUAACCAAGUCCCACAUCGUGCACCACUGUCCCUUCCUGCACUCCCAACAAUUGCAAAUUAUGCUCAUGCUGUGCUGCCACCCCCACCACAACCUUUUCUUCCAUUUCCAAACCCAACCAUGGAUGCCUUUUAUGGUGAUGCUUCAAUUAAUAUUGGUGCCAAUAUUAAUGUUAACUAUGAUAAUGCUGCUUACUUUAAUGCUCACAACUUCUUCGGUGGUAACUGA